AUGGCCGACGAAUCCGCUACCCGCGAUGAAUCUGUGGCUGUAACUGCCUCUGAAACUGUUGAAGAUAACUCAGAAGUUGCCGUCACUACUAAGGAGGAAAAAAAUCAAGAAGAAGAACCUGGUUAUAAAGUUUUUGUUGGAAAUUUGGCUUUCCAAACCAGUGAACAACAGUUAGCCGACUUUUUUAAUAAAACCGCCAAUAUCAUUACUCGCGGUACUCGUUCUCUUGGUUAUGGUUUCGUUGCUCUUGAAACCGAGGAAGACGCGAACAAAGUCGUUGAAGAACUCAAUAAGAAAGAAUUGGAUGGCCGUCAAAUCAAUGUAGAAGUUGCCAAACCUAAAGAAAAUACCGCACCUACCUCUAAUCCUGGUCAAUCCUACCGUGGUGGCCCACGUCGUGGACGCGGGAGAUUUAUCCGUGGUAGGGGUAGAGGACGUGGUAGGGGUCGUGGUCGGGGCAGAGGUCGCGGUCGUCGUCGAUUCAAUCGUAGUGGUGAUGAUGGUCCCAAUUCUGAUGCCAAUGAUUCUACUGCAAUUGUCCCUUCUGAUGGCCCAACUGCAAAUGCUGGAGCUGCUAAAACUGGUGAACCGUCCAAAACAAUUAUAUUUGUUGCCAAUCUACCCUUCUCCAUUAAUGAUGAAGGCUUGAAAGAAAUUUUUAAAGAUUAUAACGUUACCAGUGCUCAUGUUGUUCGCCGUCGUCAUGGGCGUUCAAAGGGCUUUGGAUUCGUCACAUUUGCUGACGAAGAAGAACAAAAGAAAGCCUUAGAAGGGUUAAAAACCGUCACGUCCGAAGGUAGAGAGUUGGUCAUUAAAGUCGCAUUGAGUGAUCAACAUAUUCAAUCUGGUGAUGAUGCUGAGAAGACGGAAGCGCCUGCUGCUUCCUCUGAUGAGAAGAAAGAAACUGCCGCUUAA